AUGUUCCCCAUGUUCCAGGAUCUUGCACCUCAUGAUGCACACGACAAGUGUGGUCACCACUAUGCGAUUUGUCUUGACCUGAAGAACCAACAUUUUGAGGUACUUGAUUCAAUCCGUUCGGAAGCUGAUUCAGACCUUACUACGCAUGCCGAAUUCUUCAUCAACAACCUCAAAGAGACAUGGAACCAUCACUACGAACAUUCAAAGGUCCAGAUCAGACAUUUCCCGAUUGAGUAUGUGGCGACUGUGAAGCAAGGGAACACGACGGACUGUGGCUUUCACGCGCUGGAAUACUUUGCAAAGUGGGAAGGCAGAGUUGUCCCCGCUAUCACAGCUGCAACUGUAGUUGAGCUCCGAAAAAUCCACACAUGGAAUUGGUUGACGAAUGAAGAUUUCAACAAGCGGUCCGGAGCACGCGAGUUCAUGGAGGAAGCUGUCAAGAAAAUCAACAAGAAGUACAAGUGA